AUGAUGAACACGGGAUAUGCCUGGAUCAUUACGGAUGAGCUUACAUCUCUCUUGGAUUCUAUGGAUCCUACAGUUAUAAAUUCUAUGCAAUGGGUGAUAGGUGUGAAACCUUAUGUUCCAAAAUCUAGUCAGCUUGAAAACUUCAAAGUGAGAUGGAGAAAGAGAUUUUGUCAAGAGAAUACAGACGUGGAUAGAUUUGAAAUGAAUGUGUUUGGGCUAUGGGCAUAUGAUAGCGUGUUAGCGUUAGCAAUGGCAGUAGGGAGAUCUGGUAUUGGUUUACGACCAUUAUCCUUUCAAAUAGUCAAUGUAAUUGGAAAAGGGGAUAGGGAAAUUGGAUUUUGGACUCGAAAAUAUGGCAUAUCAAAAAAUUUGAGCUUGUCCAGUAGUAAGAAUUACUCGACCAACAAAGAUGAUCUUGGAGCUAUCAUAUGGCCUGGUGAAUCAAAUGUUGUGCCUAAAGGUUGGGAGAUGCUGACAGGUGAAGCAAAGUUGAGGGUUGGGGUUCCUGUAAAAAAUGGCUUUAGUGAAUUUGUCUCGGUGGAAAGGGAUUCUCAAACUAAUGCUGUGAUUGCUACUGGUUUCUACAUAGAUGUGUUCAAAGAAGUCAUGGACCAUUAUUUGCCACAUGCUGUCCCCUACGAGUUUUUUCCCUUUGAAACUCUUGAUGGUGAGAGCGCUGGAAGUUAUGAUGAUCUUGUGUAUCAGAAUUAUGAUGCGAUUGUGGGUGAUAUAACCAUUCUGUCAAACAGAUCUGGGUUUGUUGAUUUUACAUUGCCAUACAUGGUGUCCAAUGUGGCAAUGGUCGUUUCAUUCGAAGAUGACAGGACAAAUGCAUGGAUUUUCAUGAAACCCCUAAAAAUGGAUUUGUGGGUAACAACGGUGUUUUUCUUCGUCUUGACUGGAUUCGUGGUUUGGGUUGUUGAGCAGGGUGUAAACAAAAAAUUCCAAGGCCCACCUGGCAAUCAAGUUGGAAUGAUAUUUUGGUUCUCCUUCUCCACACUUGUUUUCGCUCAGAAGGAUAAUUUGAUCACCAACUUAUUUAGAUUUGUUGUAAUUGUGUGGGUUUUCGUGGUGCUGGAUCUACUAAAGAAUAAGAAAUUUGAUCCCUCAAAGUUAAAGGAUUUCAGCACGUUUGAACAGUAUGACGAAGCCCUUUUCUCUGGAAGUAAGAAUGGAGGAGUUGCUGUGAUCAUCGAUGAACUCCCUUACAUAAACCUCUUCCUUGCCAAUCCCACAUAUUGUGCUAAGUACACCAUGGUGGCAUUGGUAGGACCUAUCUACAAUACUGCAGGCAUUCCCGGCCCAAAGGGAUCUCCCCUAGUACCUGACGUAUCGAGAGCAGUCUUAAAUGUAACAGGGCAAGAUGUAAUGACGAGAAUCAAUGAAGAAUGGUUGGGGGGAGGAGCUACUUGUGUGGAGCAAGAUGGUGCCACGGUCAUCUCCGACAGCCUCACGCUCGACAGUUUUAAGGGUCUUUUCAUAGUUGCCGCCGUAGCUCCCAUUUCUGCUCUCAUGUUAUUCCUGUCAAUCUUUCUAUACGAGAACAAACUGGGACACCUUAGCCUCUAA